AAUAACGUCGGUUUUCGUUCAUUCGUCAUACAAUCCGAUGAAUUCGCGUCGCAGUGUGUUAUCAGUAGUUUAGAAGCUCUCGACAACUCAGCAGCCAAGAUUCAAUCUCGCCAUGAUCAAGUGUUAAGUUACAUUUUUCCGCUGGACGCGUGAAAUUGAAUGCGCGAAAUGAAAUUUGAUACGCGGCAAUGGUACGCCGGAUUGUGCCAGUCAGCGUUAACAAUGCCAAUUUCGCCCGGUAACGUCACCGCGACUGUGGCGACUACACGUCGCUCCGCUUAAUCCGCCUUUGUGCGUGAUUUGUGCGAUGCGAUCGAACGCGGCGUGUGGUGUUCAGUGGUGUUCAGUGGUGUUCAGCUAGACGGCACGAAUCUCGAUAAGUAAUCGCUCUGGUGCGGCGCGAUCGAGUGUUGUUUAUUACAAGUGGAACGGCCGAAUCGAGUAUCACGAGGCGUGUCCUACGCGCCUCCAAAGUGGACGGUACGUACGCAUCGUGCACGCGCCUCACACGCGCCUCCAUACCUGCUCUUCUGCAAGCAACGCUUUCGAUCCGUGGGAGGAAGCAACGCGCUGACGCGAACCAGAAUUCUACGUGAAUACCGCGACCAUAUAAUCGGCUGAAAAGGAGUAGAAGACUAACACUGCAGACUGCAGAUAACGGUGCAGUUGGCCGAUAACGUACUUCAAUUUUUGCGCGACCCAGAAGAAAGAUUAGUUAUCAGCAAGGAUCUCGGGCACGAGGACACCACGUGCGAGGGUGCAACUGAGGGCGGGAAACGGUGCCUCCGAUGAUGAUCGAUAGCCCAAGAGGGAGGAAGGGAAGGAGAAUGGAGAUAUUGAUGUGGAUGUCGAACAUGGUGCAAAAGUCGGACAACGGAAGCGACGCCGUAGGUGACGCCGGUCUCCGCGUGCACGCGAGUUCGAUCGACGACGAGUCGUUCGCCACGACCUUGACGCAUUAGAAGAAUUGCGGAUGUGCGUCGGACGCGAUCGAAAUGUCGUUUUUCGGACGGAAAAUGGGCGGCGGCGGGGGCGGCAGGGGUUCCGAGCACACCGGUCAUAACUUGCAGGACGGCCUCUUUCAAAUCGCAUCGCAGGCCUGUCACAUCCUCGUGCAAGUGAACAAUACGCACAACGUUUCUUAUGGAGGUAGCAAUAAUGUGAAUAAUAUCGCAUAUUCGAAAUAUUCUACGGCCGGCGGCGGCACCACCGUUCCAACAUCGUCGACGUCGACGAAAGGAGCGACCGUUGCCAAAGCGUAUCCGAAAUAUACGGAGCCUCGAAAUAAGGAUCAGGAUGUGGUAGUAUUGUUGCCGCAUCGUAAGAACAGAGCACCGCGACUCAAGCACAAAUUAUCGACUGUAUCCGAAAACGCACGGCUGGAUGUGAAUUCUCCGGGAGGUGACGACGACCUAGAGUUAUGGGACCAGACCGGGUUUAUGUUGCGGACUGACGUGGACGAUCCUCUCACGAAUGCAAAGUGGGGUGCGCAGAGUUGGUGCAGACCCAGUUGCAUUCCGAUAACGAUCAUAUUGAUUUUGAUCGUUUUGGUCGUACUUUUGCCGCUAUUGGAUCAUGCGGCGGAUAAGUAUUCGCUAAAUGCCACCGUGUUGGAUUCGGAAUCAAUGUGCAUGGAUCAUUGCAGUUUAUCCCUGGUAGAAAGUAUACCUAUAGGUUUGAAUUAUAGCAAUAACACGGUGCAGCACGAAUCAACCUAUGAUUCUUGGAUGAAUCUCAUUGAAAUGGCGCAGGACACGAUUGAAAUUGCGUCGCUUUAUUGGACAAUGAGAAGGGAAGAUGUGUUUCCCGACGACAGUGCUAAGAUGGGAGAACAGGUAUUCCAGUCAUUGUUAGAAGCCGGAAGAGAUAGACAUAUCAUGCUAAAAAUUGCACAAAAUCUUCCUUCUCGCUUGUCUCCAAAUGUCGAUACGCAAAUUUUGGCCAAAAAGGCUAACGCACAGGUGAAAAACUUAAAUUUCGCUGGAUUGUUGGGCGGCGGUGUACUUCACACGAAAUUAUGGCUUAUCGAUCGUACUCAUGUAUACGUUGGUUCAGCGAAUAUGGAUUGGAGAUCCCUUUCGCAAGUAAAAGAACUCGGUUUGCUAGCCCUGAAUUGUUCCUGUUUAGCGAACGAUUACGCCAAAAUAUUCGAUGUAUAUUGGAAAUUAAGCGAAGAUGGUAAAGUGCCUUCCACAUGGCCAGAUUCCUUUAGCACAAAGAUAAAUAUUGAUAAUCCUAUGAAUUUUACAUAUAUGGAUAAUAAAUACAAACUGUUUAUCGCGAGUUCACCUCCACCAUUUUCACCAAAAGGUAGAAGUAGCGACCUAGACGCGAUUGUGCACUGCAUUGCUAAAGCGGAAAAGUUCAUUUAUAUCUCUGUGAUGGAUUAUUUCCCGUUAACAAUAUAUACUCCACAAAUAAAAUAUUGGCCUAUAAUAGAUAAUGCUUUAAGAGCGGCGGCGAUCGAGCGUAAAGUAGAAGUGCGUCUUUUGAUCUCUUGGUGGAAAUACUCGAGACCGUCCGAAUCGUAUUUUCUUAAAUCACUGCAAGACUUGACAUCUAGUUAUCCCAAUGUCAAAAUCGAAGUGAGAAGGUUUAUUGUACCCACUGAUCCACACUUGAAUAAAAUACCCUACGCGAGAGUAAACCACAAUAAAUACAUGGUUACUGAUGUAGCAGCAUAUGUCGGAACGAGUAAUUGGUCGGGUGAUUAUUUUAUUGACACAGCUGGUAUUGGUACCGUAUUUGAAAGCGUUGGACAUCAAAAUAACGGCAACAUAAGGCAACAGCUGGAAAAUAUCUUCCAUCGUGAUUGGUAUUCCAAUUAUUCUUUUCCGCUCAAUAUAAAUGAGACUCAUUCUGAAAAUUUAUGGGACUUAUCAAGAAGUUCAUAUCAACAUUCAUCAUAUGAACCUUAUAUACAUGUAUAAUUAUAGUAAUCAUAUACACAGUAGUAAUUUUUAAUCAUAAAACAUAUAGGAUGUUCCAUCUCUCAGUAAACUUUAGCUCACUGUAUUAUACUCUCUCACUCUCUUAUGUUCUUACUCUUUUAUUCUUUUGAUUAUCCAGUAGGUAAAUUAUCACAUAAUUUAUCCGAAGAUGGAACAACCGGCCCUUAUUGUUUUGAUUUGAUCGAGGAGAAUUCAUUUACAUUGGAACAAUUAAAAUUAUUUUAUGUAUUU